UGAAAGGCAUGUAUCGAGACUGCGUUACACUCAGUCUCAGCAUUUGCUUUUCCAAAAUCUUAGGUCUCCGAUCUCAACACAGAUCUAGAUCUAGAUCUAAUCUAGUCUAGAUCCAAUUAUAGUUCAUAUCUAAGAAGCUGUCCAGCAUGGAGGUGGAAACAGAUGUGUUAGCUGCAGUUUCAUCUACUGUAGAUAUAAAGUCAAAUGAAUUAACAGAGUUUUCAUCUUCUGAAGAUUUGAAACCAUCUUCUGCUGGCAUCAAAACAGAAUUAUUGUCAUUUUUUAAUUUUCAGAAUAUAAAACCUGACAUGACAUUUAAAACUUCUCAAGAUGUUGAACCUAAUGUUAAUUCAGAAUUUUCUUCUUCUAAUGACAUAAAACCAGAUUUAUCAUUUUUUAAUUUCCAGGAUAUACAACCUAACAUGUCAUUUAAAACUUCUCAAGAUGUUAAACCUGAUAUUACAUUUUCAAUUGAAAAAAUUAAUAAGAAACCUGCUGCAUUAGCAGAAUUUUCAACAUCUGAAAAUUUAAAACCAGAAUUAUCAGCUACUGAAAAUUUAAAACAAGAUUUCACAACAGAAUUAUUAGCAGAAUUUUCAACAUCUGAAAAUUUAAAACCAGAAUUAUCAGCUACUGAAAAUUUAAAACAAAAUUUCACAACAGAAUUUUUAUUUUUUGAGAAUAAACAAGAAAACGGACUUGAAGAAAAUCUACAAUUGUCUAGGGGCAAUGAAAAUACAAUUGUUUAUUAUCAUCAAAAGUUUUCUCAAAGUUCUAAAAGUAAUAUGCAUAAAAAUGUUCAUUCAGAAGAUAAGCCAUAUGAGUGUGAGGUUUGUCUUAAAAGGUUUUCUCAAAAUUCUAACUUAAGUAAACAUAAAAAUAUUCAUUCAGGAGAUAAGCCAUAUGAUUGUGACAUUUGUCAUAAAAAUUUUGCAGAUAAGAACGAGCUAUUACGACAUAAAAAAGUUCAUUUAGUAGGUAACCCAUAUCAUUGUGAUGUUUGUUUGAAAAGAUUUCCAUAUAGUUCUUAUUUAAAAGAACAUAAAAAUUUUCAUUCAGGAGAUAAACCAUAUGAAUGUGAUGUUAGUCAAAAAAAGUUUUCUCGAAGUUCUCAUUUAAGAACACAUAAAAAGGUUCAUUCAGGAAAUAGGCCACAUGAAUCUUGUGAUGUUUGUCAUAAAAACUUUGUUGGAAAGAAUAAUCUAUUACAACACAAAAAUGUUCAUUCAGGAGAUAAGCCAUAUAAAUGUAAUGUUUGUCUUAAAAGAUAUCAAUAUAGUUCUUGUUUAAGUAAACAUAAAAAGAUUCAUUCAGGAGAAAUGGCAUAUGAUUGUGAUGUUUGUCAUAAAAUCUUUGCAGAUAAAAAUGGUCUAUUGCAACAUAAAAAAGUUCAUUCAGGUGAUAAGCCAUAUGAAUGUGAUGUUUGUCAUAAAAGGUUUUCUCAAAGUUGUUAUUUAAGAGAACAUAAAAAAGUUCAUUCAGGAGAUAAACUACAUGAAUGUGAUGUUUGUCUUAAAAGAUUUCAAUAUAGUUCUGUUUUAAGUAAACAUAAAAAGAUUCAUUCAGGAGAUAAGCCAUAUGAAUGUGAUGUUUGUCAUAAAAGGUUUUCUCAAAGUUCUCAUUUAAGAGAACAUAAAAAAGUUCAUUCAGGAGAUAAACCACAUGAAUGUGAUGUUUGUCUUAAAAGAUUUCAAUAUAGUUCUGUUUUAAGUAAACAUAAAAAGAUUCAUUCAGGAGAUAAGCCAUAUGAAUGUGAUGUUUGUCAUAAAAGGUUUUCUCAAAGUUAUCAUUUAAGAGAGCAUAAAAAAGUUCAUUCAGGAGAUAAACCACAUGAAUGUGAUGUUUGUCAUAAAAAGUUUUCUCGAAGUUCUGUUUUAAGAAGACAUAAAAAGGUUCAUUCAGGAGAAAGGCCUCAUGAAUGUGAUGUUUGUCAUAAAAGGUUUUCUCAAAGUUUUAAUUUAAGAACACAUAAAAUGAUUUAUUCACAUGAAAGGCCACAUGAAUCAUGAUGGAUGUGAUGUUUGUCCUAUAAGAUUUGCUUGGAAGACAUAAUUAAGACAUAAUUUUGUAGAUUUGUGAAAAAAUUCAUAUGAAUUACUCAGAAUAGUUAUUUAACUAAACUUUUAAAAAAACUUUUUGGCCAUAAAAUUUUUUCUCAACAUUCUUAUUUAAGUGCACAUGAAAAAGUUCAUUCAGGAGACAAGCUACAUGAAUGUGGUAUUUGUCAUUAAAGAUUUUCUAGAAGUUGUAGUCUAAAUAAUGUUUUUCACAAAAGAUUUUCUCAAAUAUCUAAUUUAAAUACUUUAAAAAAAUUCAUUCUAUAUGUAAGACAGAGGAAUGUGAUGUUGGUAAGGAAAUGUUUUCUUUUAAAGUUACUUUAUAUUGCCAAAGAAAUUCAUCAUGACUUAAAACCAAUUUAAUGUCAUUGUUUACUUUCUCGAAUAUACAAAGUAUAGAGAAAGUCUUGUAAUCGUGCAAAAAAAAAUAAUCGAGAUUUUUACAAAGCUUGACAUUUUACACCUCACUGAUACGGAAAAACAAUUUUGCAAUCUUGUCUGCAAAUUAUUAUUAUUAAAUUUCUUAUAACUUGUUCUCUGCACAUAACUUUAACUAGUAGUUAACGAAUUGUGGGUCAUAGUUAAUACAUUUUUAUAUUUGUAUUAUGAAAAGAUUCUUUUGUCAAAGAGUAAACCUUGACAAUUAUUAUAAAUACUGUAAAAAGAAAUUUAUUCUAUUAUGUCAGCAGCAUGUGUAAUUUUUUCUUUAUGUAUCCUACUUCUUUUUGUGUUAUUUGUAAAUAUGUAUUAUAGAUUAUGUUUUUUUUUUAAUUAUUUAAAUGUAUUUGUAACAUGUUAUCAAUAUAAACAGUAUGCCAAAUCUCAGACUCCUCUCUGCAUGUUAUGUGAUUGAAAAAAGUAUAAAAUAAUUUUCCUUACAUAUUCAUAUAGGGUAUAGAAUUUUAUGAUUAACUAUACAUUUCAAUGUCAUAAAUUAACAUAUAAUUUUUUUUUACAAAAACAGCAUACAAAUUAUAAAUUUGAAGAAUAGAAAAACUAAAGCUGCAAUUGUUACAUUUUGGUAUCUUAUUCUUAGUUUCAACAUAAUGUAAUUUUUGGCUAGUUGUUAUUUAAUUUUAUAUUCCUUACUUUAAAAAAAACCUUUUAAUGUACAUUCUAAUGUGAAUCAUUAGAAAUUGUAACAUUAACAUUUUGAGAAAUAA